ACGUUGACUUCCUAACGAGACACCAGCUCUAAAUAACCUUCCCCUGACACCACACAAGGGCUAGAAAGACAAGAUAGACGCACAAUUAACAAAUAAUGACUUAUAUCACCACAAACGUAGGCAAAAUGCGUGUGAACGCUUGCUUAAACGAGAGAUAAAGUGAAGAGGAAACAGAGGCGUGAGCCGGUGACUGACUUGAGUACAUUACGAAUGGGGAGGAAGAAAGGCAGAGAGAUCCCUCCCAUACACUCUCCUCAUUUCCCUGCCUCCACACCCUCCAGGUUUGGCAUGAAUUGCAGUGUUGAAUAGCAAGGAACCAGAGCAGUUUCAUCAUCAGGCAGUGACAAAAACUAAGUUUAGAGAGAAAACAAAAAACAUACAGUAGACUACUGUAUGUAUAGUAAUUUAUGUAAAUAUUGUACUGUACUGUACAGUAUAUAUAUUAUUGAGACAAUCUAAAUCCUAGGUUUAUUGAAAAAUGACUAUCACCAGUCUUCCUCUCAUUGGCCAUCUCUAUCUCCCAUUCCUUUUGACAUCUAUAAUAAUUGGAAUGAUAAUCCUAAUUUUGUUUGAGAAAAGGAAAAGUGGGAGAAAUGAUAAUGUUUUAAAGAAGAAUAUUACUCAGGGGAAGUCUGUAAACAAUGGAGUGCUUGGUAAUUAUAAUGGAAAAUCCACAGCCGAUACAAAAACUAUAAAAUGUCAAGAUUCUGAAAAUGGUCCAAAUAAAAUCGGCUCAAAAUCAGCUCGGAACUCUAUUACAGAGCUUGGAGGCCAAAGUGAAAGUAGUCAGAUUAUUAGUAAUCAAACAAAUGAUGAUAAAUCCUGCUCACAAACAGAAGAAAAUUCUCAAGAUAGUACAUCAUGUGGUUCAAGCAGCGAUGAUGAUACAGUGAAACCAAGGAAACGUUUGUCUAAUGCUCGGAAGAAACACAGCUGUAGUGGUGCGAAGACCUGCUCGGAGAAGAAAAAUGUUUCCGAGGUGAUCAUUGUUACAGAUAUUGAUGAAAAUCAAGUCAAGGUUGGUUUACAAGAUUUUGAAGAAAAAUUCAAGACUGGGGGCCUCACCUGUACUAUUAGGCCUUCCCUUGAGGCACAACAUUCAUUAUUAAAUAUGGAGCCUGCACAACUAGGCCUUUUCAUGGUAACGUCACAUGAAUAUUGUGAAGAGCUGCACAACUCCAUUUUAAGGAUAAGGGAAAAGAGUGAUUGUGUGCCAGCUUUUUUGUACAGUAUUUCUUGUAUUAAAGAGGCAAGUUCUGAGGAAAUUUCUGAGUCUGCUGAAAGGCUUAAUGUGGCACUCUCCGACUUGGGGGGCACCGAGUGGCUACCCCUUACUUACAUCACCGACACUGAAGAAAUGCAAGAUCCUUCUGUAUUGUCUAUUCACCAGUACAUCUCUAAAGUUUUAAAUAAAGUCAAGAAAAUGUCAAAGAAGUGCUGUGGAACUUCUUGCAGUUCCAAAAAGGCAGUUGACAUAGAAGACUUGGCUGCAUCUCUCCUGCCAGCCCCAGUAAAGACAUAGUCUGGCUUAGGCGAGGGGCAAAGUGAAACAAUACUCAGUUUUGGAGAAUAAUUGGCUUUGUAAUGUUUUUGUUUAUCUAAAGGAAAACAAAGGUUCUUGCAAUUUAAGUACAGUAUACUGUAUUUUGUCCUUGGGUAAACGUAACUCUUAACCAGUUACAAUAUUGCAUUGUUUUUUGCAAUAUUGCAUCAAACUUUGUACCAUGCAUAAUUUAUUUUGGGUCUAUGAGCAAGUAAGUUGUGAUAUAAUGGGACAUCUUAACUUUGUAAGUUGACUCAAACCAAUAUCGGUACAUUUUGGUUUUGAAGACUAUGAAAGUGAUCUCAAGAAUGGUAUUGUGUGGACACAAGUUCAUGGUUGUUAUAUAGAGGUUGUCUUCAUAUAUUUUCAUAAAUGCUGGAUUUUUUUCAUAUAAAAUCAUUGAAAAUUGUCUUUUAAGUUAUCGCUUCAAGGCACAAAAAAAAAAUUAUUUUAAGUUUAUAAUGAAGUAGUUAACUCUGAGAUCAUCCAGUUGUACUGUUAUAGUUUUUAUUUAAUUUUUUUAUUUGGUUUCAGUUUUUAAUUUGUAAUAAUUAUCCCACUUUGAAAUUGGAAAUUUGUUCACGCACAAAUAUUUAAAAAGUAAUGUUUUGCUGAAAAAAAAGAUUGACUUGUUAUUACAUAAAUCUCAAGGAUUUUUACAUUUUUGUUAUUCUUCUUAUACCAUAUGUAGUUGUCUUUUGAUUUUAUAGACAAUAAUAUAAUAAUUGAAUAAAAAGAUUUCAUUAACAGAACAUCGACAGAUAUUUCAGAGUUGGAGAACACACUACAUAGUCGUAAAGUAUACCAAAGAAUUCAUUAUAUAGGGCAAAGAGUAAGCAGCUUUGAAGUGUAGUAGAAUAUAAAAGGAAAGUGCUGACACAAAAUACAAUACAGUAGUAGUUCAGUGAAUGGAUUUUCUUUGAGAAAAUGGGUUAAAAUAGACUAUACUUUCAGACAAUAAUUAAACUUAAAUUUUUUUGAAGUUACUAAACUACUUUUUGUUAGUGCUCCAUCUGUCCUAUUGCAAUUAUAUAAUUUUAUUUUAUUUUUUGUUUCCUGCACCCUUACUGGGGUUCACUGGAAAUCUUUCUUCAGGACUUUAAUAACCCUGUAUUUUGUGCCUGUGCUUAGUCAUAUAUUGGCUGCUCUAUUCAUUUCUAUGAUAAAUUGGUAGGUAUUUUCACAUAUUAGAAUGAUUUUUCUUGUAAUUAUUAUUUACAAUUUAGGUGACAUUUAUUUUGUCCGUUAUCUUAAGAGGAGAGAAUUCAUCUGCUCCCUGCAAGUUAGCACUUGCAAAAAUGUAAUUAAAAAUUAAACAAAUGUAAAAGAUGAAAUGGAA